AUGGAUGUCAUUGGGAAGAUCCUCCCACUUUCUAACGAAGGCCAUCAUUUCAUCAUAGUAGCUACUAACUACUUCACAAAAAGGGUGGAGGCCUUUCCACUCAAAUUUGUAACUCAGCAGGAUAUGAUAAAGGUCAUCAAGGAGAGCAUCAUUCAUAGAUUUGGUCUUUCCCAUAAUAUUAUGACAGACCAAGGCACAGUUUUCUUUGGAGAUCCGGUACAAGCUUUUGCCUUGACGUAUGGCUUUGAAAUUUCACAUUCUACACCAAAUUAUGCUCAAGGCAAUGGCCAAGCAAAGUCUACCAACAAAGUAUUGAAGAACAUUAUUGAGAGAAUGGUGGAGAAUAGGCCGAGGGCUUGGCAUGAGGCACUAUCAGAAGCUCUUUGGGCCUACAUGACAUCAAAAAGGACAGCAAUAAGAGCUACACCUUUUAUGCUGACUUAUGGGUACGAUAUAGUUCUUUCCAUGUAG